CAGCAGGGUCUCUGUGAGGGAGACAGCCAAAGCCUGGCACAGCAGCAGAGUUCAUAGCCUGGUCAAUACGUUUUCAAGGAUUGUACAGAGCUGGUGAAUCAAUCAUGCCCCCUGCAGCACCAACCAAUCUAGGCUACACCCCACCAGAUGGAGGCUGGGGCUGGGCUGUCGUCUUUGCUGCUUUCAUCUCCAUAGGAUUCUCCUAUGCCUUUCCCAAGUCCCUCACCAUCUACUUUAAGGAGAUUCAGGAAUAUUUUUCAGUUUCCUACAGUGAGAUUGCUUGGGUGUCCUCAGUCAUGCUGGCGUCUAUGUAUGCAGGAGGACCUGUGAGCAGUAUACUAGUCAACCGCUAUGGCAGCAGACCUGUGGUUUUGGUCGGUGGGCUGAUGGUUAGUGCUGCCAUGGUGCUCGCUUCUUUUGGCACUACGAUCAUGCAUCUGUAUCUUUGUGUUGGAGUAAUUGGAGGGUUCGGCCUCGCCUUCAACCUGCAGCCAGCCCUGACGAUCAUAGGUACCUACUUCCAGGUCAAAAGGCCGCUGGCGAACGGGCUCGCGAUGACAGGAAGUCCGGUUGUUCUGUCCACUCUGGCUCCUCUUAAUCAGUUUCUGUUUGAUUGUUUUGGCUGGAGAGGGAGCUUCCUCAUCCUGGGAUCCAUUGUUUUGAACUGCUGUGUGGCUGGUGCUCUGAUGAGACCAGUCAACAAAAGUGUCCAACCCAAACCAAAGACUGAACCACCUCUGUGUAACGGGGCAGCUGCUGAGGAAGGUGCUACUGCGGACACCAGUGCACAGUCGGCUAACCUCCUAACUGAAGAAAACCAAAGUGAGAAGAGUAGGAGUCAGGGCCACGUGCGCAAAUUCAUAGAUCUGUCACUUUUCAGACACCGGGGUUUCCUCAUUUAUCUUACUGGUAAUGUGGUCAUGUUUUUUGGCUUUUUCGCACCUGUGGUUUUUUUGGCACCAUAUGCCAAACAUCAAGGGAUUGAUGAAUAUUCAGCAGCUUUCUUGCUUUCUAUUUUUGCACUGGUAGACAUGUUUAUCAGACCAGCAACUGGUCUCAUUGGCAACACCAAGUGGAUUAGGCCAAGAAUCCAAUAUUUCUUCAGUUUUGCUGUUUCGUAUAAUGGUAUAUGUCACCUUUUGUGCCCACUGGCAUCUGGAUAUAUGGGGCUGGUCGUUUAUGCGGUCUUCUUUGGUUUGGCUUUUGGGAUGGUUUCUGCCCUGCUCUUUGAAGUUCUGAUGGACCUUGUUGGAGCUCAUCGCUUCUCCAGUGCAGUUGGACUCGUCACCAUUGUCGAGUGUGGGCCAGUGCUUCUUGGACCUCCAAUUUCAGGAGCCUUGGUUGAUAUUUUCGGGGACUACAAAUACAUGUACUAUGCAUGUGGUGUGUUUAUGCUGGUGCCUGGCAUAUUUUUCUUUAUCAUGCAUUACUACAAUUACAAGAGACUGGACGAGGAGCAGAGGCAGGCUGUGGCUGUGGAGAUGAGGACUUCUGAAGAGGCAGUAGAACUUAAAAUGAGCCAGGACGAUAAAACAGCGCAUGAAACAGAUGGAUGAACUUGCUGACUAUGAAUCUAUUUUAGUGAGUGUAGGAAGAUGACACUGCACAGGUUCGACUGCAGGACAUAGUGUAUACGGGCUAUUACUGAUAAAAAAUGAUUUUCUACUUUGGAUGAGGUUACUGGACUCUUUGGACCUUUGCUGCAUAUCUGUAGAUUAAAAUUUGGUAUUUUAAUGGUUAUUUUAUGUAUAUUAUUAUUAUUAUUAUCAUAUUAUGUGACAACUGUAACUCUAAUGGCCUUUGUUCAUCAAUCAUCCAAAACCUGCCCUUGUUCCUUCCAGUACAAUUAUCAUAAUGACUUUAUAAACUAAUAUGGUUCUGCUUUGUUUAUAAUAAAAAGUAAUUUUCCUGAGGGACUGAUAUAAAAUAAUGAGUCAAAAUUCAGAACACACAGUCAUACCACUUAUGCUUAAUAUCAUCUUUGUACCACUAGAUGGCACUGGACGCUAUCAUGUGAGAACUGGCUCACA